AACCUCCGGAUGACUUUUCCUGCUCGGCGAUAGCGUGGAGAAAGGGGGUGGGGUGCCAAGACUUUCUCCUGCACUAUCCAUCUCUCGCACCGCUGAUCCAUCGAGUGUGUGAGAAAGGAAGUGUGACUAAGCGUGUGUGAGUGUGAGUGUGAGUGUGUUAUUAUAUACAUGCCUAUCUGGUCGAUCAGUAGAACUUGAGCAAACCCGAAGCAGCGUCCAUUCCACCCGAGGAACCGAGGGGGUUUGAGGAGCAGCGCCCAGAUGGAGGUUUUGUGCGGCUCUGAUCGUCCCUUCUGGGACCUGAAUCUGACCCUCUACCAUAGCAACCCUGACCUAACAGAGUGCUUUCAGCUCUCCGUGCUCCCAUGGAUCCCCUGCAUUUACCUGUGGCUUGUCUUCCCUUUUUACUUCACUUAUCUCAAGCUGAACAAGAGAGACUACAUUAUGAUGUCUGUAUUAAACAGAAUAAAAACGAUUUUUGGCAUUAUUUUAUGGAUCGUGUGUUGGGCAGACCUCUUCACAUCGUUCAGCGAAUUGCACCAGGACCUUAAGAAACCUCCGAUAUACUUUGUCACUCCAUUAGUACUUGGUGUGACUAUGCUAUUAGCCACCUUUCUUAUCCAGUAUGAGCGUCUGAAAGGGGUGCAGUCUUCGGGAGUGCUUUUUAUAUUUUGGACGAUCUCUGUGCUGUGCGCCAUUGUGCCUUUCCGCUCGAAGAUCCUUCAGGCCCGCCAGGUGGAUGAGGUUAAAGACAAACUGCGCUUCACAACCUUCUACAUGUAUUUUAGCCUCACGGUGGUGGAGCUCAUCCUGUCUUGUUUCAACGAGAAGCCUCCGCUCUUCUCUAAUGUAAUCACAGAUCCUAAUCCAUGUCCAGAAUUGUCUGCUGGCUUCUUGUCAAGAAUGACCUUCUGGUGGUUCACAAGAAUGGCAAUAAAAGGCUAUAAAUCUCCCCUGGAAAACAAAGACCUGUGGUCCUUGAAUGAAGAUGACAGCUCGAAAGUGGUGGUACCCAAACUCCUCAAGGAAUGGGAAGUGGAGAAGUCUAAAUUACAAAGGUCUACAAAGGAAAUAAAUGGACAGGCCGUGUACUCUAAAGACGAGGCGGAAAGCAACCAUGCGGAUGUAAAAAAUCCUGAGGAGGUGGAAGUGCUGCUCUCCAAGAAGAAGGAGUCUCGGCAGCCGUCAUUCCUGUACGCCCUGAUCCGAGCCUUCGGGCCCUACUUCCUCAUCGGCUCAGCCUUUAAGCUGCUACACGAUACCAUCGUGUUCAUCAACCCUCAGCUGCUCAGGUUGCUAAUUAAGUUCGCCAAAAAGAAGGAUGUGCCUUCUUGGUGGGGCUUUGCGCUGGCCUUCUGCAUGUUUGGCUGUGCCCUAUUACAGACACUCAUCCUACAUCAGCAUUUCCAGUACUGCUUUGUUACAGGCAUGAGGCUGCGCACCGCUAUCAUAGGGGCAAUUUACAGAAAGUCUCUGGUCAUUACUAACGAAGCGAAGCGCUCUUCCACCGUUGGAGAGAUUGUUAACUUGAUGUCUGUGGAUGCUCAGCGCUUUAUGGACCUCACCACGUUCCUGAACAUGCUGUGGUCUGCACCACUGCAGAUCAUACUGGCUCUCUUCUUUCUCUGGCAGACUCUGGGCCCCUCUGUCCUGGCAGGCAUUGCUGUUAUGGUUCUUCUGAUUCCCUUUAAUGCUGUGAUUGCCAUGAAAACCAGAGCGUACCAGGUGGAGCAGAUGAAGUACAAAGACGCCCGCAUCAAGCUGAUGAACGAAAUCCUGAACGGCAUAAAAGUCCUCAAGCUCUAUGCCUGGGAACCCUCUUUUAAGGAGAAGGUCUUACAAAUUCGGCAAAAGGAACUGAACGUGCUGCGCAAGACUGGCUACCUUAGCGCCCUGUCUAUCAUGGCCUGGACCAGUGCCCCCUUUCUGGUUGCAUUGACAACGUUUGCCGUGUAUGUGACUGUCGACAAAAGCAACGUCUUAGAUGCCGACAAGGCCUUUGUCUCGCUUGCUCUGUUCAACAUCCUGCGAUUUCCGCUGAACAUGCUUCCACAGGUCGUAAGCAGUGUUCUGCAAGCUAGCGUGUCUCUCAAGCGCAUUCAGCAAUUCCUGAGUCAUGAUGAGCUGGACCCAGACAGCGUGGAUAAAAAGCCUGCUGCCUCGGAAUAUGCUGUAACCGUCGUGAAUGGGAAAUUCUCAUGGGCCAAAAAAGAUCCGCCCACACUUCAGAACAUUAACGUGAUGGUACCCCAGGGCUCAGUGUUAGCAGUGGUGGGACAUGUGGGAUGUGGAAAAACAUCUCUCAUGUCAGCUCUGCUAGGAGAAAUGGAGAAGCUUGAUGGACAGAUCUCCAUCAAAGGUUCAGUGGCUUAUGUGCCACAACAGGCAUGGAUCCAGAAUGCCACACUGAGAGACAACAUCCUGUUCGGCAAGCCAUAUGUAGAGGAUAAGUACCGACGUGUGCUGGAUGCCUGCGCCCUAACGCCUGAUCUGGAAGUACUUCCUGGAGGUGACCAGACAGAAAUAGGAGAGAAGGGAAUUAAUCUGUCUGGAGGUCAAAGGCAAAGGGUGAGUGUGGCCAGAGCUCUGUACAGCGAGGCAGAUGUUUACCUCCUAGAUGACCCUCUGUCUGCUGUGGAUGCCCAUGUCGCCAAGCACAUCUUCGACAAUGUCAUUGGGCCAGAGGGAGCACUCCGUCAAAAGACACGGAUCCUGGUGACCCACAGCAUCAGCUUCCUGCCCCAGGUGGAUAAUAUCGUUGUGCUGGUGGAGGGAAAGGUAUCAGAGAUGGGCUCUUACCAGGACUUGCUGAAUGAGAAUGGGACCUUUGCUGAGUUCCUGAGAAACUACUCGCUAGAGGACAUAAUGGAGGAUGAUGAAGUGACGGAGUUGUUGAUUGACGAGGAAGAGUUAUUCCCUGAUGAUGCUCUCAGUAACCACACCGAUAUGGUGGACAACGAACCUGCAGUCAAUGAGGCUCGAAGACAGUUUAUGAGGCAGAUCAGCAUUAUGUCUAACGAUAUGGAGAACCAAAGGACGAAAUCGGUACGCAAGCGCCGCUUCAGCGAGAAGAGGCAUGGGGAGCCAUUGCAAGAGAAGAAGGAAUCUAAAUUGGAGAAGCUGAUCCACGCUGAGACUGCCGAGACAGGACGGGUGAAACUCAAGGUUUACUGGGAGUACGUGAAAGCGGUGGGGCCCUUGAUGUCCAUUUUCAUCUGCUUUCUGUAUGCCGCUCAGAGUGCAGCUUCUAUCGGAGCCAACAUUUGGCUCACUGCGUGGACUAAUGACACCCAGGAGAGCACAAGAGAAGAAAAUGUACCGAUGAGAGCUGGGGUGUAUGCAGCACUGGGUUUUACACAAGGCCUCCUGGUCAUGUUCUCUUCCUUUACUCUGGCCAUGGGGAAAAUUCAGGCUGCCCGCAAGCUGCACCAGGGUCUACUGGACAACAAAUUUCACACCCCGCAGUCUUUCUUUGAUACCACUCCCAUAGGGCGCAUCAUCAACCGCUUCUCCAAAGAUAUUUACGUGAUCGAUGAGUCCUUGCCCUCCACGAUCCUCAUGUUCCUGGGGACUUUUUUUAUCUCCCUCUCCACACUGAUUGUUAUCAUUUACAGCACCCCCAUCUUUGCUGUGGUCAUUGGCCCAUUGGCUCUAAUUUACUUCUUUGUGCAGAGAUUUUAUGUAGCGUCCUCGCGGCAGCUAAAGAGGCUGGAGUCGAUCAGUAGGUCCCCUAUUUACUCACAUUUUUCGGAGACCAUCACCGGCACUAGCGUGAUCCGUGCUUAUGGGCUCAACACCUCGUUCGUGCUCAUGAACGAUGUGAAAGUGGACGAGAACCAAAAGAGUUACUACCCCGGUAUUGUUUCCAACAGGUGGUUGGGGGUACGGAUAGAGUUUAUCGGAAACUGCAUCGUGCUUGCCGCCCUGUUCGCCGUGAUCAGGAAGGACAGCCUAAAUGAAGGGCUGGUGGGGCUCUCCAUCACGUACGCCCUGCAGGUCACGAUGUCCCUGAACUGGAUGGUGAGAAUGACCUCUGAGCUUGAAAGCAACAUUGUCGCAGUAGAGAGAGUGAAGGAGUACUCCGAGACACCACCUGAGGCACCGUGGGAGGUGGACAAAAAGCCUCCAUCAGACUGGCCUCCUGAGGGCAAAGUGGAGUUUAAUAACUACAGUGUGAGGUAUCGAGAGGGACUCGACUUGGUUCUGAAGAACAUUUCUCUCCAGGUGAAAGGAGGAGAAAAGAUUGGCAUUGUGGGUAGGACUGGAGCGGGGAAGUCCUCCAUGACACUGUGUCUGUUCCGGCUCCUGGAGGCGGCAGAAGGGGAAAUUACAAUCGAUGGAGUGAAGAUUGCCGAGAUCGGCCUGCACGACCUACGAUCCAAACUCACCAUCAUCCCCCAGGAACCAGUUCUGUUCUCGGGGACACUGAGGAUGAACCUCGACCCUUUUGACAAAUACAGCGAUGACGAACUGUGGAACGCUCUCAAACAUUCUCACCUACAUAAGUUUGUCAGCAACCAGCCUUCUAAACUUGAAUUGGAAUGCUCGGAAGGAGGAGAGAAUUUAAGUGUGGGACAGAGGCAGCUCGUCUGCUUGGCUCGAGCCUUGCUAAGGAAGACAAGAAUCCUCAUCCUGGAUGAAGCUACAGCUGCUAUUGAUUUGGAGACAGAUGAUCUCAUCCAAUCCACCAUUCGCACACAGUUCGAGGACUGCACAGUCUUCACCAUCGCUCACAGACUCAACACCAUUAUGGACUACACAAGAGUUCUGGUUUUGGAUAAGGGACAGGUUGCAGAGUUUGACACACCAAGCAAACUUAUUUCACAGAAAGGAAUCUUCUACGGCAUGGCAAAAGACGCAGGGAUGGUGUGAGCCUUCGAAGCCGCCGAAACACAACAGUGCCUGAGACAGUGAAUGUAUCAUAUUGUUUCGUUACCCAGCUGAACAUGUAAUCGGUUUUCGCAUUAUUGUUGUUUUAUACGAACUGCUGUUCUACUGUUCAUAUGGCCACUGAAUUUUCACAAUGAAGCAGUCUAUUUUUGUACUUUAUUAUUUAAGUUUUUGUAGGCUUAUGCUAUAGGGAAAAAUGCUGUUGAUGUAAAAGUGCCAUUCCUUCAUGUACAGAACAUAUUUUAUUACCGACGUCGGGUUUUGUUAGUUUUGCAAUCAAAAGCAAUAAUGGCGAUUAUUUAGUUUUUUUGUUGUUGUUGUUGUUGCCGUCAUCGGAGAGUUCCAAAGAUGAUUUAGUGACCAAAGUUUUUGUGUGACAAUCAGAUUCAAUACGAUGUGCAGUUGUUUGUUUAAAGUGUUUCCAGACUGGAUUCAUAUUUUUGACUGAUUAGACUUUAGCAGCGAAGCAUUAAUAUCGUGGCCGCCUUUAUUUAAAUAGUUAAAGGGAUCAUCUGUUUCUUCCUUUAGCAGCUACGUGUUUAUACCUCAUACCGUAUGAACCAGCCUUGAACUGUUUGCUCCAGGCCCAUUUCGAUUCAGAACUAAAGAAACAGCGUUUACCGAUUUUUGCCGAUUAGAUUCGAAACAACUUUGUACUCUUAGCAAACACUAUGCUGUGAAUGUCUGAAAAGUGCAUAUGGGGUCCAUUUUCUCAUCAGUAAACAAAUAUAUGUUAGACUAUAAGAAAAACACUAUGAGAGAUUUUAAUAAACUUAAGAAGCAAAUACUUAGUGAUCCAAAAUAUGUUUUAUAUUUUAUUAUGUAAUUCACGUUUGUGUAGAAAUCAUAUAAUAAAUGAAAAGUUCAUAA